AUGUUAGAGAGGACCUGUGCCCACUGGUUUGUUCCACAGAAUGAGCUGAAAGAAAAAGUUAGUAGUGGAGAAAUCAUUGCAAAGGGUCGGAAUGACAUAUUAACGCAAGCUUUAGGGACACCUGAGCACCCAAGGCGUGUUAGAGCACUUGGGUCGUUUGCGAAGAUUUCGUCCGUCUUUGGAAGAAAACCAAAAAUAGCAACAGAAAUGGCUGAUGUUGUUAGUAAGAAAGAUGCAGAAAUUGCGAGGCUCAGAGCAGAACUUAAAGAUUUAGAGGAGGAAAAAGCUAAACAAGCAGGUGGGAUAGAUGAUAUGGAUGAACACGACAAUGAUGACGAGCAGAGCGACGAAGAAUACCACACACCGAUGAUUCUGAGGUUGCUAUCAGUUUUCCUCUGGAAUAAAGCUCACAACUCAGAAUUAUUAACAAUCAAACUAACUUUGCAGACCAUUGUGGUAGUACCGGUUGAACCACGAGGACUAGUACAGUUUGGAUCUACUGAGAAGAUAUUUGAAAGAUUGGACUUUGUGGAUCAAACAAUGAGGCUCUUUCAGGAAAAAAACUUUCAGAAAAUGACUAAUUAG